UUACAACGUAGAAUAUCAUCCAUCUUCAACAAUCUUCCCAAUGAUAUCGAGCUUUCUGACGACUCAGCAUCUGAUUUAGAGACUAUUAAUGAUAGCUUUAAUUCUUCUACUCAGCCUACUCCCAUGCAAUUAGGUAACCGAUCUGAGUCACAGCUUAAUGCAUCAGGACAUCCGUACCAUGACAUGUCUCUAUAUAGUGAAUCUAUAGCGAAAUCCUCGCCCAUAAAAGGCAAGGCCGAACUCCACCGUGGAUAUGCUGGCCCCAUAACUUCAACUGGAAGUUCACCGACGCUAAAUACGUUCUAUGCUCUCAAAAAGAAGGACCAUCGACGAAUGAAGGAGAAGCAGUCUUCCAAUCUUUCUGCUGUUCUUAUCGAUAACGCCAAGUCGAUGUUCAACUCCAAUCUCACUGGGGCUGUAGUUUCUUCCGCUUCUUCAAUGGUAACUUCUGGAAGCAGAGAGAAGAAAAAGAAGAAGAAACCCAGUAAACCUUCUGAGAAUCCCUUGAAAAGUGGUGGGAUACCGAAGAAAUACUGGAUGAAUGAUUCAUUCGUUUCUGACUGUCUCAAUUGCUUCAAGCCCUUUACUGCUUUCAGAAGAAAGCACCAUUGUAGAUUCUGCGGGCAGAUCUUCUGUUCUGAUUGUACACUAUUCAUUUCGUACAAUCAGCAUAAGGAAGAAAGACAGAACCGGGAAAACAAGAAAGACGAUAAGAAGAAAACCAGUGGUUCCUAUAACGACAAGUUACGGGUUUGCAAACCUUGUUAUAGUGAUGUUAUCGUCUAUUUGAGUGAUGAUUCUAGCUCAUCAGAUUCCGACGAUGAGAAUGAACAGGCCAUCGACGAUUCUGAUGAAGAGCAGUCUGGAUCUCUGGGAAGUUCUCAAGUGGACGAGCCAAUCCUCCCACAACAUCCUCUUUCUAGAAUCAGAUCGCUAUCAACAAACUCGCGAAGAGAUAGUAGGAUGAAUGAAGCUACACUUGCUGCAAAUAGAGGAUUUUUGAAUAAAGAUUCAAAGUCCAUAUUGGAGUCUCCAACCUCAGAGAGCAAUAUCAGUUCAGUUACCAAGUUGGACGAGAGUAUCAAAGUUCACCAGAAGCAAGCUCCUCAAAUGGCUAUUCCUACGACGAGAACAGGCGAAUCUGUAGAAAUUCCCGUACCCAAGAGCUCGUACAAUAACUCUACGGUUCUUGGAAGUCGACCUCCUAACUUCAACUUGGAUGCACUCACAAUGAGCACUUCGAGCUUAAAUACAGAAACGUUAUCCUGGCUCAAGAACUAUACCCAUUUGCGGCAAGCGAACAUAUCUACACCAGAUUUACAGAGAUCCAACAGCAUGGACAGCAUUAGCAAUAUGUACAACAAUAUCAUUGGCAAGAAGUCCUCUCAAGGUCGUUUACGAAUAGUUUCUAGUUCUGAGAGAGACCUCAGUAGAAGAGUUUCCAACAAGAGUGAAAUGAUUAUAACAGAUUCAAUAAACUCUGACGGAGAUUAUGAAUACGAUGACGAAUUUGAUGACGGAAACGAAAAAGGUUCAGAAAGUGAGAAUGAAGACGAACAAGCGAUGUCUCUCUAUGCUGCCUUGAAUCACAGUGCCUUAAAGACUACUCCUUUAGCCAAAAACAACAUCCCCAACAGUACAGUGUCAGUUCCAACUCUAGGCGAGUUUCCAGCAAUGAUGUCAAAUUUCCCAAGAACAAUUGCUGGUUCCACUAAACUCUUUCCAACCGCAACAUCUCCAAAUCUUAACCAUGCUGUUACUUUUCUUGAAGAGAUGCCUAAGGCCGAAAACAUGAGAUCGAUAGGAAGAGCUCAUGCUUCUUUAGAAAGAAUCAGAUCCAGGCGUAAAAGUAAAUCGGUCAGAAAACUACUGGUUCGUACUAGAGAUUCUAUACGUUUACCCAGCAUAGAAAAUCAGCGUAGUUUAGUAGCACCAGUUUCUCCAAUAUCGUCUCCUUCGACACCCUCACCAAAUCCUUUUUCACAGCAGUCAAACUUGUCAAAGAUUCUUGUGAAGUCAACAUCUAAUGGAGCACAUUUUGACCCAGACCAAUCGCCUACUACUCCCAGAAUUUCUGAUACAUUUGAGAAAGAGCUCUCGCAGGAAUUUGAAACCACUGAUCUAGAAAAUGGAGAUGCGAGUCUCAUUCUUCCAGAUGAAGGGAUACCGACUAUUGAAGUUUUCAAGUCCAGAGAAUCUGCUUUCAAAGAACUACUAGAUGUUGUCCUCAAACAAUGUCUUGAAGACUGUGACAUCCAAGAAAAUCAGGAGAGAUGGGCAAUAGCGCUCAAAAGAACAUUGAAAAGCAUUGACCACAUCAAAGUUACUGAUACAUUGGAUAUUAGACAGUAUGUAAAGAUCAAGAAAGUUCCUGGUGGUACAAUUGAAGAAACAGACGUUAUUGAUGGGUUAUUUAUGACAAAGAAUAUUGACUCCAAGAAAAUGUCGUCUACUUUAAGGAAUCCGAAGAUAGCUUUGUUGAUGUUUCCAUUGGAAUAUUUAAAACAAAAAGAACAGUUCAUUAGUUUGAGAAUUAUUGGAUCUCAACAGGCUGUGUAUAUCACCAACUUGGUAUCCCGUAUAGUCUCUCUCGAGCCGGAUAUUAUAGUUGUAGGUGAUUCUGUGUGUGGUCUUGCUGAAUCGCUACUUGAAGAAGCAGGCAUUACAGUAAUUUCAAAUACAAAGCCACAGGUAAUCGAGAGAAUUUCUAGAUAUACCAAGGCGGAUAUUUUUCAAUCUGUCAACGAUUUGUUCUUCAAGAAGGGUACUCUUGGAACUUGCACUAAAUUUGAAAUUAAGAAGUAUCUUUUUCAGAAUGUUGUGAAGACUUUUGCAUUCUUCACUGGAAACGACAUUCUGGCCGGCUUCACCAUAUCAUUGAGAGGGGGCGAUGAAGAACUCUUGAAUAGUGUCAAAUAUGCUGCUGAGACAUUGUUGCCAGGGUAUCUCAAUGCCAGAUUCGAGAACGGAUUAUUGGACAAUCUGAUGACUACAAUCUCGGAAGAAAUCCAGAGCAGUUCUUUGGUUCAAUACAAUGAUAUUCUACAAGAAAUGAAGUCGGAUGAAGUUGAAGUAGAUUUGGAGGAAGAGAAUAGAAGUUGUGAAUUUAGUUUGGACAGUACAGAAGUCGUCAACUACGUGAAGUUAUUCAAUGAGCGUAAGUUGAGUUUGUCUCCUACUGUCUGUUUGACAUUACCAACACCUUUGGUUAAUGUCAUUGAUUCGUACUAUUCUUUUCAUCGGUUCUUCAAGACUAACAAGGUCAUCCAAGAUACCCAAGAUCCAGAUAGUAUUCACGAAGAAUGGCUCGAUGAGAUGAAAAUUAACAUUGACAUAAAUACUUUGCCCAAUAGGGGCAACGACUUACUACAAUUCCUUAAACAUACCAGUGACACACAUUUGAAAGCAUUGAUCAAUGAUUACCACUACAGAGCUAGAAUUUGGUCCAAUUGUGUAAGGUUCUCGUCGUAUCAACUCUACCCGAUCUUCCAUAAGAAGAUAUAUGUUCUUCAUUCUACUGUUUCGAUUAAACAUGCCACUCCCUGUUUGGGUCCAAGUAUUGUCGUUAUUGAUUACUACACUGAAAACGACAAAUGUCUUGGUUUAUUCCUCGACCAGAUCUUCCAUGAAUCUGGCAAGGAUUGUCAUGAAUGUGGAGAAAGCCUAUUGAACCACUACAAGACGUAUGUCCAUGGAAAUGCCAAGUUAGAUUUGAUACUUGAAAGGUUUGAAGACCUCAUUCCAGACCAGCAAAACUAUCGAGGAAAGAAUCAAAGAGUAAUGUGGAGUUUCUGCAAAGAAUGUAACUAUUCCACACCUAUUGUGUCUAUGACAGACGAAACUUAUUACUUAUCUCUAGGAAAAUUCCUAGAACUAGCUUUCUAUGGUGACAAGAUAGUGUUGAAUGAUCGCCAAACUUGUCAACAUGAUUACAAGACUUCACAUGUGAGGUGUUUCGGCUUCAAUGAUUACGUGAUUAGGUUAGAAUAUUCCAAAAUUGAUAACUAUGAAGUUGUCGUUCCUAAAAAACAGAUUGAGUUCAUGCCUGAAAUCGACAUAAAGUUAAAGCUCGAGCUAUUCCACAAUAUUCAGUCCAAGGUGGAUAAAUUCUUCCAAAGUGUUUCGAAGCGUUUGAAUCGUGUCAAAGUUGAUACUUUUGACAGAGCUGAAGAUGGUUUAAAGAAGAUUCAAGAGUUGAAAGACAAGUUAGAAAUUCAAUUGAACGCUUUAAAACUGAAGACAUUGAAGACUUACAACUUGUCAGCGCCUACCAACCACUUAUGUUUGAAUAUAAUCUUGCGAGAAUUGCAGGAGUUAGGUGUUGAAUGGGAUAGUGAGUUUAUCGAAUUUGAAAGGGCCUUCUUGCCCAGUGAAAAUGAAAUUACCAGGCUUACGCAGUUUCAUUUGAGAAACUUCUUGAUUGACAAGUACUCUGAAACUCCUGACACUAAAGACUUGAAAGAAAAAAACAAGAAAGAUGAGAAACAGCAGGAACUAAAGAGCGAAGGUAUCAUAGAAUCUGAAAAAGAGAGGGAGAAUUAUGUGAUUCCAGAUGACAUCAUCCACCCAGAGGAUAAUGUAAUUAACAUGUCCCCUGAACCUCUAAAUGAAGUUAAAAGACCAGAUCUUUCAACUUCUCCUUUGUUCAAAAUUUCCAAUGUUCGUGACAAGAUCAACAAGUUCGAAGCACCCGUUUUUGAUACGGAUGACGCUAAACGUAUUCCAUCGACUCCUGGAAGAUCUUUGUCACAUAGAGGAUCAGAAUCUUCAUUAGGAGCAACUAUUGGAAUUCCCAGUCAAAAUAAGGUUUCACACCUUGCAAGUUUCUUUGACAAUAUGAGUUUGGCACAGAUUUCAAAAGAAUUCCAGAUUCAAAGAGAAAAAGAAAUGCAAGAGAAAUUAAACAAGUUUAGAGCCAUUCCUAUUAUGGAAAGUAAACCUAUUGUCGAAAUUUACGACAAAAUUGAGGAUGUUAUUGUGAAUGAUGAUGAUAGAAAGAAGAAAGACCCACCCAAGGAAGCGAUUGAUGCCUCGAGAAGUACAACAGAAAACAAUGAAGACGCUAGAGACCCUUCUUCGUUGGAUCCUAGUAUUACCAAGGCUGGGACAAAACUUGAGAUCCCACAACCAGAAAAAAUAUCGUUGUUGAAGUCACUAACCAAUUUUUGGGCCGACAGAUCUGCAACUUUGUGGGAUCCUUUAGAAUAUCCAUUGGACUCUCAUGAGCAUACAUUUGCUGACUCUGAAGUCAUUGUUCGAGAUGAUGAGCCAUCUUCUCUUGUGGCCUUCUGUUUGUCUUCCAAUGAUUACAAACAAAAGAUUAGAGCAAUGCAAGCGGAGACCUUGCCAAUCGAUGCUGUGACUGGAUUUGAUGUAGAAAAUAACGAAGACAACAAUAAGAAAAUCAGCAGUUUCAGCAAGAUUGAGAAGAAGUUCAAAAAGAACUUUAACGACCGAACGGGAAAGAUCAAUGAAUAUGAACGGACUAUGAUCAAAAACAAGUCCAACCACUUGAAGUAUCAAUUUGUAGAUGGUACUACUAAUCUUUCGUGCAAGAUUUUCUACAGUGAGCAGUUUGAAGCGUUUAGAAAUGCUUGCGGGAACCAUGACAAUUUCAUUCAGAGUUUGAGUCGAUGCGUUAAGUGGCAAUCUAGUGGUGGCAAAAGUGGAUCCAAUUUCUUAAAGACUUUGGACAACAGAUAUAUUGUCAAAGAAUUAUCUACGUCCGAAUUAGACUCAUUUGUUUCUAUUGCACCUUUCUACUUCAAGUACAUUUCUCAGUCUAUGUUCAAUACUUUGAGUACGGCUAUUGCCAAGAUCUUUGGUUUCUACCAGAUCCAGGUCAAAAAUACUCAAACAGGGAAGACAUUUAAGAUGGAUUUCUUGAUUAUGGAGAAUUUGUUUUACAACCAUAAAACAACACGUAUCUUUGACUUGAAGGGAUCAAUGAGAAAUAGACAUGUGAAACAAACCGGCAAAGAGAACGAAGUGUUGCUUGACGAGAACAUGAUUGAAUAUAUUUACGAGUCUCCCGUGUUUGUACAAGAGCAGCUGAAGAAACUAUUGAGAGGUUCGUUGUUCAACGACACCUCCUUUUUGCUGGCCAUGGAUGUAAUGGACUACUCUUUGGUGAUUGGUAUUGAUGACUCGGCCAAGAAGUUGUAUAUUGGCAUUAUCGAUUGGUUGAGAACGUUUACGUGGGACAAGAAGGUGGAAAACUGGGUCAAGGGAAACAACUUGAUUGGUGGUAAUAGAAAAGGAAAAGAUCCUACCAUUGUCACACCUAAGCAGUACCGCAUUAGAUUUAGAGAAGCUAUGGAGCGGUAUAUCUUGGAGGUACCAGAUAUCUGGUAUGAAGGAGGAAGAUAA